AUGAAGUUACUAGGUUGGAUGCAUCGUAAGUUUCGGCAGAAUAGCAACGAGCCAUUUAAAGUUUUUGUCAUUGGGCAGCCAUCUCUAGAUGAUCAACAAUGCUAUCCUAAGCCAAACUGUGGCACAAAGCCCUUUAAACAAACCCAGAGAGACCAGCACCUUCGGAAGUCUUUCAACGGUCUAGAGGCAGCCAGGGCAGAAGAAGAAUACUAUGAAGAUGAAUCAUCUGCUGCAGCAUCUGAGCUCUUCCAUGGCUUCCUUGCAAUUGGUACCCUUGGCUCAGAGCAAGUCAUCACGGAACCAUCAACUCCAACACUUGCCAUCUCUGUGGAGAACAUAACUGAAAAAGAGACUGAGGUCACAGAGAAUGAAUUGAAGCUCAUCAAUGAUGAAUUGGAGAAAGUGCUGGCAGCUGAUUCAGCUAAAGAUGAGAUUUGCAAUGAUUCAUCUGGAAGAAACAGCCAUGUUAGCAAUGGAAGAAGUAGCCAUGGUAGCACCAUCACACUAAGUGGCAAGACACUGGAAGGCUCAGAGAGCAAUGGGAUUAAUGGAACCACAGUGUGCCCACUCCAGGGAUAUCUUUUUGGGUCAGCAUAUGAAUUGUCAGAAACAACAACAGUGGCCAAGAAGGAACACAGGACAUCUCUUGGCGAGCUGUUUCAGAGGACUAAAUUGGCAGAGGAGAUUUCUGGACCGAAAUCGGCCAAGGAGGAGAAGCGAGCAGAGAAGGAAGCUGAAAAGUCUGCCAUGCACUUGAUGAAAAAGAAGCUCAAGAAAAAAAUGCUUUAUGCUUCUUCUCGCAGCUCUGGUGGACCUGCAGAUCCUUCCUCAGCAGAAACAAAACUGAAUAAGAUCCUUCACAUGUUCCACAGAAAAGUUCACCCUGAAACCUCAUCUGCUGAGCAAAAAACUGGUAAGUACCAUAAGAACGAAAACAAGAAGAAAACAAGCAAUGAUGGGGCUUACAACAGUGGAGAUCAGGUGCUCCCAGAUGAAGACAUCAUGCUAUAUCCUGAACGAGGCUUCUCCUUGAAGCAGAGCAUGCGGCGCUACAAGAGUCAAUCAAACCCACCGCAAUUCGCGCUUAGCAGCAUUGAUUCAAAUGAGAACAGGGAGCACUGGAUCAAAACAGAUGCAGACUACUUAGUCUUGGAGCUGUGA